AUGCCUAAGGAUUUUCGCAUCUACGAUUUCUUAGUAGGUAGGAGGUUUCUGAUUGUAAUGGAUGAUAUUUGGAGCGCCAAGGUAUUGGAUGAUAUAAGGAAGUUAUUUCCCGACAACAACAAUGGGAGUCGAAUUUUGUUAACCACAAGGCUGGCAGAUGUGGCUGCUUAUGCCAACUCCUCUAUGCCUUCCCAUGAGUUGCAUUUGAUGGAUUCAGAUCAGAGCUGGAAUCUACUACGAGAAAAGGUGUUCGGACGCCAAGAUUCCGUUGCUCCUGAAUUGGAGACCAUCGGAAGGGAGAUUGCAAGAAGUUGUGGAGGCUUGCCCCUUGCAGUGGUGGUGGUUGCAGGAAUCCUAUCUACGGUGAGUAUGACUCGAACAUUGUGGAAGGAAAUUGCCAAAAAUGUGAAAUCGUAUAUUCUUGCCACAACAGAUGGACAGGUAGAAAAGAUUUUAUCUCUGAGUUACAACCAUUUGCCUCAUCAUUUGAGGCCGUGUUUCUUAUACAUGGGAGGAUUUCCAGAAGAUCACGAGAUCAAAGUCAAGAACCUGAUAAGGUUAUGGAUAGCUGAAGGCUUUGUGAAACGGCCAGUUGCAUCAAAAAGCUUUGAAGAAAUUGCAGAAGAGUAUCUAGAGGAUCUUAUCAGGAGAAGUCUUAUUAUCGUUUCCAAUAAUAAGUCUAAUGGCAAAACAAAAAAUUGCAGGCUUCAUGAUCUGGUACGAGAUUUGUGCAUAAAGAAAUCACAGGAAGAAAAGUUUCUCGUCCACGUGAAGGGAAGGAAGCUGCUGACAAGCAUGAAAGAUGAGCGCAGGAUACGUAUCUCUCAAUCUGAUGAAACUGAAUCUUUCGCCAACGUUUUUAGCUCAACCAUCCGUACUAUAUUGUAUUUCAAGUAUGAACUCGUCUCUUUUGGGAGUUUUAGAUUGCUCAGGGUCCUUGACGUGUUGAGAGUCGGAUUUCAGUCCCGUUUUCUACCUGAUCAAUUUUUCGAGCUAUAUCAUUUGACCAUUAUUAGCAAUAAAUCUAUGCUAUGUUAA